AACCUCAUUGUUGAGGCUGACAGUUCUGAAAGGAGCUUUGGGGCAGCCUGCUAUAAAACGCCUCUCCCCAGAGUAGAGGGGCCAGAGGAGUAAAGCUAGUCAUUCAGAUUGGAACCUAUCAGAUCCUCACUUGUUCUUGACGGAGUAUUUCAACAGAUCGUUUCGUGUUGCGUUAUACUACAGACGGGACCAUGAUGAUCCCAAGCGUCCUUGCGCCUAAUGCGAUGUACCCAGGCCUUUACCGCCCCUCCGCCUCCAUGCCGCUCCAACGGUCUCUGCAGAACGCGUUUCCAACCCACUCCAGCUUUCUAGUGGAGGACCUGCUGCGGAUAAGCAGGCCGGCGGAGUACCACUUCAGCCGGACUCUCCCCUCAGCAAGCGUCUCCCCGGCGACAACCACCACAACCAUGUCCUUCAGUGCCAUGCCACAGGAGCGCAUCGUCUCUCCAACUGCCUCGACGCGUGAAUCAUGCUCUCCGAAAACGUCACAACCGAGUAGUAAAGACCCAACUUAUCUUAAAUUUGGAGUCAGCGCAAUCCUGGCACCAUCACCAAAGACCGCAUCGCUGCCACCCGCCAUCCACCACAGUAUGCACCCCAAGGCCUUCUCUCUCCCCUACUUCGACGGAUCCUUUCACCCCGCCUUCUUCAGGUCGACAUAUUUCCCAGCAUCUUCAUCGGUCGUGCCCAUCCCAGGGACCUUCUCUUGGCCACUGGCCAACAGAGGGAAGCCGAGGAGAGGGAUGCUCCGACGGGCAGUGUUCUCUGACGUGCAGCGCAAAGCUCUGGAGAAGAUGUUCCAGAAACAGAAAUACAUCAGCAAACCAGACAGGAAGAAGCUGGCCUCAAAGCUUGGUCUCAAAGACUCGCAGGUUAAAAUCUGGUUCCAGAACCGCAGAAUGAAGUGGAGGAACUCUAAAGAGAGGGAGCUCCUGUCUUCAGGAGGUUGUCGCGAGCAGACCCUGCCCACCAAAACGAACCCACACCCAGACCUCAGCGACGUCGGCAAGAAGUCUUCCGCGGAGGAGGACGAGAUGGAAGAGAACCCAUUCGGCGCUAGAGGCGCGCCUGGCCUUUGCCAUUCCCCCGCAGCGGGGCACGAGCUGUCCAACAGCGGCGGAUCGAACCUCUCGUCGCCAUCUCUCUCCAGCAAGCACUCGGAAUUCUCAGAAUCAGAUGAAGAAGAGAUCACAGUUUCUUAAUUGAUUUAUAAAAACUCAGAUAUGUUUAUAAAAUGGUCACCUAUCCAUGAUUAUUUCUUUAAAAAAAAUAACUGCAGGGUUUAUUUGAUAGAAAGGGCCGGCUCUAGCCUUCUGGGGGGCCCUAAGGGAGAUUUUGUUGGGGGGCCCCCUCCAAGAGGGCUUUUUUUUUUAGUGGCUCCCCUCUUGACAGCAGCAUUUUAAAGUGCAUUUCCUUUAAUUCUACACAUUUUGACAUGUGGCGAAUGGAAAAUGUUGCAGUUAUAAAGAAAGUUUUCAGCAGGUCUACACACUUUGCCAUGGGGUGGAAAGAAAAUGUGGCAUUUUUAUAACACAUUUCAUGCAAUUCUACUCAUUUCCCCAUGGAGUUGUAAGACAUUUUGCAGCUUUAAAGCAAUUUUUUUGCAGUUCUACAUAUAUUGCCAUGGUGUGGAGGGAAAAUAUUGACAUUUUAUAAUAAUGUCAUUAAAUUCUACUCAUUUUGCCAUGACAUGUCAUGUUAAUGAUAGCUGAGUGAGAGUGAUUAAUGGGGCCCUGGGCUCGGUCGGAAUUCGGCCAUGAUUUUCUACAAGUUUAGAUGACUGGCUAGACUAACUUACCAAUCUAAAAAUUGUUUGCAGGAAUGGCUAAUUGAGUGACUGACAAAACAAGAGAAGAGCUGCUGAUGCACAACCAAAUUUCAAACUUGCACCUUGUGUAUUCUACUAUUCUAACUCUCAACAGUAAGUUGAGAACCUGACUGAGUUCAAAAAAUAUAUAUAAUGGGCUCUAGUGGCCCUAAGCAACCGCUUAUAUCGCUUAUGCCUGGAGCCGUCCCUGUUUAUAGGAUAUACUUAGAAAAGAUUUGCUGUUUUGCACAGCUCUUUCAAUUGUACAGUAUUUUGUACAACUAUUUGUAUGGAUAUUUUAUGCCAAGAAAAUGGAGUUACCUGGACUUACAGUUUUUAUUGAAAAGUGUAGACAUUUCGUGCAUAAUUUAUACGGAUUUGUUAAUUCAAUGUAUUGUGUGUGUGUGUAUAUAUAUAUAUAUAUAUAUAUACAUAUAUAUAUAUGUAUAUAUAUAUAUGUGUAUAUGUGUGUGUGUGUUAAUAUUUCACUAUGUUUGUUAUUUCAAUGUAUUGUGUGUAUAUGUGUUAAUAUUUCACUAUGUUUGUUAUUUCAAUGUAUUGUGUGUAUAUGUGUUAAUAUUUCACUAUGUUUUGUACAAAUACCAAAUAAAAUGUAACAGCUACAUGGUAUAA